AGUCCUUCCGCCUCCGCCCGCCCUCGAGCUCCCUUCAGCCCCUCCGUCGCUCUGUACGCAAGGUCGUGUCCCGGAAGUGAAGGGGCCAUGUUGAUGGGUGACCCCGAGAGAGGUGCCGGGCGAGAAGUGAGUCCACAGGAGUGAUAGCGCGCGCGCCCGCCGCGCGACGCCCACCCCCUGCAAGUCCCCCAUGGCCCCGUGGAGCCGAGAGGCGGUGCUGAGUCUCUACCGGGCUCUGUUGCGCCAGGGCCGAGAGCUUCGCUACACUGAUCGAGACUUCUACCUUUCCUCCAUCCGCCGUGAGUUCCGGAAAAAUCAGAAGCUAGAGGAUCCUGAGGCCCGGGAAAGGCAGCUGGAGAAGGGCCUGGUCUUCCUCCACAGCAAACUAGGGGGGAUUAUUUAGGAUCCUCUCAUUUCCCCUCCUACCUUAAUUCCAAGGGAAGGAGGACAAAGGUGCCUUCCGCCGACACUCCUCUCUUCCAUCCCCACCUUACAGAUGCAUUAAGAAGCCUCAGGUGAGCAAUGGCAGGCGCUGGUGAGCGCAAAGGCAAGAAGGAUGACAAUGGCAUUGGCACAGCCAUUGACUUUGUGCUUUCCAAUGCCCGGCUGGUGCUGGGGGUGGGUGGAGCGGCCAUGUUGGGCAUCGCCACACUGGCGGUUAAGCGGAUGUACGACCGGGCAAUUAGUGCCCCGACCAGCCCCACCCGCCUGAGCCAUUCAGGGAAGAGGAGCUGGGAAGAACCAAACUGGAUGGGCUCCCCACGACUGCUGAACAAGGACAUGAAAACAGGCCUAAGCCGGUCCCUUCAGACCCUUCCCACAGACUCCUCGGCCUUUGACACAGAUACAUUCUGCCCUCCCCGGCCCAAGCCAUUGGCCAGGAAGGGCCAGGUAGACUUGAAGAAGUCACGACUCCGCAUGUCCCUGCAGGAGAAACUUCUUACUUACUACCGGAACCGGGCAGCCAUCCCUGCUGGAGAGCAGGCUCGGGCCAAGCAAGCUGCUGUGGACAUAUGUGCUGAGCUGCGGAGCUUCCUGCGGGCCAAGUUGCCUGACAUGCCACUUCGGGACAUGUACUUGAGUGGCAGCCUCUAUGAUGACCUGCAGGUAGUGACAGCUGACCACAUUCAACUGAUCGUGCCCCUUGUGCUGGAGCAGAACCUAUGGUCUUGCAUCCCUGGUGAGGACACUAUCAUGAACAUCCCUGGCUUCUUCCUGGUUCGUCGUGAAAAUCCAGAGUACUUUCCUCGCGGUAGCAGUUACUGGGACCGCUGUGUAGUAGGGGGCUACCUCUCCCCAAAGACGGUGGCAGACACAUUUGAGAAGGUAGUGGCUGGCUCCAUCAAUUGGCCAGCCAUCGGGUCCCUCUUGGACUAUGUGAUCCGACCAGCACCAUCCCCAGAGGCCCUGACGCUAGAGGUGCAGUAUGAGCGUGACAAGCAUCUUGUCAUUGACUUCUUGCCAUCGGUGACCCUUGGUGACACAGUCUUGGUGGCCAGACCACACCGGCUAGCCCAGUAUGACAACCUGUGGCGGCUGAGCCUGCGUCCUGCCGAGACGGCACGCCUGCGGGCUUUGGACCAGGCUGACUCGGGCUGCCGAUCUCUGUGCCUCAAGAUCCUUAAGGCCAUAUGCAAGUCCCGUCCAGCUCUGGGCCACCUCACUGCCAGCCAGCUCACCAACGUCAUCCUCCACUUGGCCCAGGAGGAGGCUGACUGGUCUCCAGAUAUGCUGGCCGACCGUUUCCUGCAGGCCCUGAGAGGACUCAUCAGCUACUUAGAGGCUGGAGUUCUGCCCAGUGCCCUAAACCCCAAGGUGAACUUAUUUGCAGAGCUCACCCCUGAAGAAAUAGACGAAUUGGGCUAUACUCUCUAUUGCUCAUUGUCUGAGCCGGAGGUGCUGCUGCAGAUGUAGGGCAGGCGAAGGCCAAAGCAGGUGUCAGGUGGUCAGGCCCUGGAUUCUCCGUUAGACAUUCUUGGCUACAUAGUUGGUGCCUCACAGGGUCCCUAGGUGCCUCCUAUCUUGCGUCAUCACCCUGGUCACUUCAUGCUGAUUAGAAUGACAUCUCUUAGUCUCCUAAUUUCUCACCCAACACUUUCUAUUUUUGUUACCAAACACUGUGCUCCCUACUCACCCCACCUUGCUCCAGGCUAAUUUUUCUGCAAUGAAUUGAGAAGGUGGAGUGCUGGCCUGAGCUGAUGAGACCACUCGGUGUUUUGCAUUGUGGCCCAGUUUCCUGCUUCUGUCUGCUCUGCCCUGCCCUUUUGCCUGUCCUAUUCAGUGUCUUUUCUGUCUACUCUCUUGUUCAUGCCUUCUGUUUUGCUCUUGUCCCUGGAGCAUGUCUGCCUAAUUAAGAUGUUGCCUUUUAGUCAAACGUCACUGAAAAGCUAUGACUGUAUGUUUCUAAGCUGAACUCUGCAGAGUGAGUGUUGAGACAGUAUUCAGGGUUUCUGGGGAUCACACUGGUGGAAGAGCUGGCCUUUGACCUUGGUUCCUGGAAAAGAAGUCCAUUCCCCCCAUCUCCUGACCAACUCUCAUUCAUAAGUGCUGAGAGUGUCUCUCAUGGGAACACUUACUGACUUACAGGAUAAACUGGAUGCAAAGUUAUCUGGAGCUGGUGUUUCUUAGUGGUCAUCAGCGAGAGUACACAGUAGGGGAGCCAGAGCUGGUUAAGAGGAGCUGGUGGAAGGUUUGUGUGCCCAGUGUCCACCCCUCAUCUGUAUCUAUAGCUGCAGGGGUUGGACAGACAAGGAAGGGACGGGGGCUGCAAGGGCAGCACCUCACCAGAAAUGCUGGUUUUCAUCCCUUGCUUUAUUGCCAAUUAGGACAAGGCCUUGGAAGGAACACAGGCUUAGCAGUAGAGGUUGAAGGAGGUCACCAGGAGGCUUAAUGUCAGCUGGAAAAUCCAGUUACCAGUUGGGGCUUGGUGACCAUGUUUUCUCCCUUGACAGGCCCUGCUUUUCUAGGAUGUUGUAUUAGAGCAAGAACAGGCCCAGUGGCCAGCCCUUCAUCCGCCAGUGUCUGCCAUAGGAACGAGAGAGGGGUGCUUACUGAGCUCUUCAGGCACCACCAGAGGCUAGAGGGCAAGUGGACAUGCACAGACCUCUUCCCCCUUGUCCUGUCUCCCACCCAGCACCUGGGGAGAUCAGUGCUACCUAGGAAGAAGAGAGCACAUGGAUAAAACAUAUGAGAGGGAGGUGGAUACUUCCUAUGUUCCUUCUUGUUUCCUGCUGCUAAAAUUGCACUAUUGCAGUGUAAACAUACCCUGAAGGUGGGGAGGAAUUGUUUAAUGCACCGUGUCAGUGUGUCUUCUUGUUUUGUGUUUUUUUCCUGUUUGUGGCAAGAGGCUGAUGAUAAUUCUGUUUCUCAUCUGCCCAUCCAGUAUUUGUUCUCCUCACAUCAAGUCGUCUUAUUUUUCUAUUCUUACUACCUCUCCAUCAGUGGGAUUUUGGUGAAGCUCUCAGCAGCUGCCUCAUUCCUUCCCAAUGACAGUGUCAGGAAAUGACUCUUUAAAUAGCAUUGCCACCUCAGCAGCCCUCUGAAUUUAGGGUAGAGAUUCCUGCUCCCCUUUUGUCAUAGCUUAGGCUGAGAACUUGGGUUAACCCUGACUACAUUUAGAGAUAUUUCUGCCUCUUCUCACAUAUAUAUAUAUAUAUAUGUAUACACAUGCAAGGAUUCCUUAAUGUGGGUUAGUUGUUUCAUUUGUAUAAAGGUAUUGAGAGCGAAGGAAAAAGAUAAAGCUAAGAACCUCGAGAGAGAUUCUCUAGCCUGGCUGUUCAUCACAAUCAAAUGGAAAUUCGAAAACCUAUUAAUAUAUGCCUGAGUUACUACCCUGAUGAAUGGUAUCCAGGGUAUGGGGUGCAGCCCAACAUUGUGGGUUCCGAUGUACCCACCUGGUGUCCGUUAGAGGGAAGGGAGAGGAGAGGAUUCAUAGAAUGUUACAAAAGGAUAUAUAAUUAUUCAUUGAGAUAAGGGAUUUGGUUUCCCUGCCCUGAGUAUUAUAAAACUUACAAUUUUCCCAAGCUGGCAUCCCUGACCAAAUUCCACAUACUAAUAAAAUGUUGGAAGGAAAGCUCAAAAAAGAAAAGAUUUUAAAGACCCUUUAGAGAGUCCUAAGUUAUUUAAGCCAAGUGUAAUUGAUUUUAGGAAUGGAAAUGAGUUCAUCUCCUCUCUUAAAGAGCAUCUUUCUAAGAGCAUCUCUGACUUUUAACUAUGUUUCAUAAAACCAAAACUGUAACUUUGCCAUUUUAUAAGCAAGAACUUCUUAGAAGUCCUGAGAAUGAGAAGCAGUGGGAAAUCCCAGCCCUGGUUCUGAGGGGGUUUGCUGACCAGGACUGAGCCAGCCAUUCUUUUUGCUGCCAUUUUCUUCAUAAAAUCUGGAAGGUAGCCAGUAGCCAGGUGCUUUGAGAUUCUUGAGUGGGAGGGGGCAAUAUUCUACACCCUGCCCCCCAUUUUUUUAAUCUUUGAAGGAAAGAUGCAGUGGCUUUCUCCAUUAUUCUGCCUUCCUGUUCAGUAACACGCCCACUUUUGCCUGGAGUAAUAGCGUCUGCUCCCAUCUGGAGAUUCUCUUGCACCAUCAAGGUUAGCAAACCACAUACUUAGCCUAACGCUUAAAAUAUACACUCAUCCCUCUUAAGCCUAAUAAAUUUCCAGAAUUUAUUUUGGUUCCUUCCUGUUGCCCCUUUCUAGAAGAUGAGUUCGGGACAACAGUAUUUCACUUUAAAUGCUUGGUUGUGACAAGAAAAAAAAAUUAACAAAAUGUGGAAGCUCAUGUUUGGAAAAGCUGUAUUGAGGAGGCCACAGUCUCCUGGGUCUCAGCCCCUGGUAGCCCACCUGUUCACACGCCAAAUUAGCCGACUUUGCUCCCGUGCGCUCCACUCGAAUUGAGAGCGCAAAUGGUUUUGGUGAAGAAUCAGCUCAGGAUCCUGGAGAGGCCCUGAGAGGAUUCUGUACACAGGGGUCCCUGCAUGUGUCCCAAGCUCUCUGCCAUGGUACUUCCUUCAGACUGUGACUUGGCUGAGAAGUUCUGCUCUUGGAGGAUUUGUUAGAACUCUGCCUUUUUGCCUGGGCCAAGGAGAAUGGUAAGAGACACUUAGGAUUAGAGCUGACCCCUAUACCAGGCCAGGAUGUGCAGCCCUUUUAGAGUGUACUUAUUAUAAGUGGCCAAAAUACCAGAGAUGGGGGUUCUGUGGUCACCUGCAUCCUGGGUGUCGUUCACCUUCAUUUUGAUCACCUCGUAGUCUUUAAAUUCUUGGUCCCUGUGGCCAAGUCCACAACUUGCCUUCUAGUCACUUGCCUGCCCUUCAGUGGUGGUUGAUGUGUUAGCUGGUAGAUUUGGAAUCAGUCACCAGUCUUUCUGUCCUGUCUUGGUUCGGUCCAUAAAGGAGCAGCUUAGCCCUGAGACCCAGAUAACUAUUUUUCUCCUUAAAGGAGGAAAUAAAACUGGGGAACACAAUGUCCUUCCACAGCAUGGGAAGAAAAUAAAAAUUUCCUUUCCAACA